AUGGCAGAUGCCUCCCACGACACGAGCGUGGAGUCGCCAACAAUGUGCGACUGUUUGCAGCAACCGCUAGCGGAAUGCCGUGCCCAGCUGGCCACACUCGAACAGUGCAACGAAAUGCUCCAGAAAAAGCUCGACGGGUAUGUGAAGGACAAUGAGAAUCUAGUCAUCAAGUAUGCGUUCGUCGAAAAGAAGGUACUGGAUCUGAAGGUGCUGGUGGAGGAGAAGGAUACGAAACUAAGACGACACGACCAGGAAGUGGGUGGCCUCCAGAAACAGAUUGCUUCCUUGAAAGCGGACAAGGCCAAGCUCCAGAAGAACAUCGAAUCGAAGCUGCGGGACAUUGAGUGUCUCGGCAAAGAACUCGAAGGUAGUCGCCAUUACGCGUCCCAGACCGAGAUGCGCUACAAGUACAGCAGCUGUCGCUUACGGCGAGAGGCCGACGAUCGAAUGAGACUUGAGGCGGAAGUGCUAAAUUUGCGUCAACAGUUAUUGCAGCAUGUCAUCGCGGAGGAAACGCACCAGGCGAGCGAGCAGGUGGCGGAAAUGGAGCGGAAGGUGAUGGAGCUGCAGGCGCGGGAAAUUAUGCUGAAGCAUGCGAGCGAUGAGCAGGCGGCCAGGAUUAUCGCGCUACAACGCACGAACACCGAACUGCAGGAUGCGCUGGAACGGCAGGAUAAAAAAUAUAACCUGUCCGUGGUGGCGCUGAAGGAAGGCGACACGGAACGGGAACACCUGAGACAGCAACUGGAUCAGCUGGAGAAACAUUUGAACCAACAGGCAUCUGUGAUAGAAGAAUUGCAAUCCAAAGUGAAUGCUGCUGAUGCAGCCGCAGAGGAAUCUACACGCAUCGAGCGGCUCGUCAACGAUCAGCGCACCGAACUCGAGCAGCUAACCGGCACACUCGACGAGUAUCGGAAAGAUUUGGAGGAAUUGCAGGUGCGGGAACUGGAGCUGCUAGCGCUGAACAAAGAUCUCAGCGAGGUGAACUGUUUGCUGCAGCAGGAAAUUGCAACGCAGGAGUCGAAAACAAUCGCCAUCACGCUCGAGUACGGCAAAUUCGUGACCAUGUGCCAGGAGUACGAUGCACAGAUUAUCAGUCUCGCGAACUCGCUCGCAGUCGAACGGCAACACCGGACGGAGGAACGGUUGCUAAUGGCAAAGCACAUAGCCGACCGGACCCGAAAGCUCGAACAUGCUGAACGAUCACUCCAGCAAACGCUGAACGAACUCGAAGCGAACCGAAAAAAAUACUUCGCCCUUAUGAAGGACUUUAAACGUGAGAUGAAAAAUGCCCACCAUAGCACAGAGCCUGGUAGCGGACAGUAG